AUGGAAACUUAUCAGUCCCUUUCUCCUCCAGCUACUCUGCACAGUGGGGAGAGUAAAACCAUUUCUGAGCUGAGCAUGGUGGCGCACGUCUUUAAUCCCAGCAUUCAAGAGGCAGAGGUCUCCCCACUCAACCCGACUCUUGGAGAGGUCAAAGGUGCAUCCCUCCUCCGCUUGGGGAGGAGGCCCACCUCCCUAGGAAACAGCGCGCUGGCAUCUAACCUGGGGAGCUCUCCGGAGCACAGGACCCUGCACCCAGUCCAGCCAGGAGCCAAUUCCAAGCUAAGGAAGGCUGUGACUCUGCGGGCCCCGGACACGCACGCCGUACCUCUCCUGGCGUCCGGGGCUCCCCACAUUCACGAGUGCGCGCGACGGGGCUUUGGCACGACAGUGAGCAAUCUCCAAAGCUUCAGUCCGAGGAUACGGUUGCUAUCUGCCCCCAUAGUACUCUCCGAGGACCCCCAAGUUCCGAGGACAAUGACAUUGGCACUUGAGAAGCAUGUAGCUCCCAAGAUAGGCUUUGCUCAGAGGGCAGAAUCUGUGAUGGAUGAGCCAUUGAAGCAGCAAUCAGGGAAACACAGACAUCCAUCGAUAUCUGUGGCUUUGGGUUUCCAAGGAGGAGACAGUGACGAGCACUAA